AUGAUUGUUUUAAUGUUUCUAGCGGUGAAGAUAUCAAUUAUAUCUUUACUGGCCGUGCUUCUAACAAAUACUGCCUACACUGUAUAUUACAAACGGAUAUCUGUAAACGGAUGCGAGAAUGAUCCUUGUGGUAAUGGAAAUUGUAGCAGAAAUAUACUCGGUGGUUAUAUCUGUUACUGUGAGGACGGAUGGUCGGGAACUAACUGUACAGAAGAACUUGACAGCUGCGGGUUCGAUCCUUGUGUACAUGAUAUUGACAGGUGCGAGACAAAUCUAUGUAUCAAUGGAAAUUGUAGUGACGUGAAUGAUGCCUAUAUAUGUCACUGUCGUCCUGGCUGGACAGGUCAAAACUGCUCUGAAGAGAUAGAUGAGUGUCAGUCUGAACCGUGUUUCCAUGGUAACUGUACGGAUAUGAUAAAUACAUACACAUGUCAGUGUGACCCAGGCUGGACCGGAUCCAACUGCUCUGAAGAUAUAGAUGAAUGUAAGAAAGCGCCCUGUUACCAUGGUAACUGCAUUAACUUACAUAAUGCCUAUCAGUGUCACUGUUAUACCGGGUGGUUGGGAAUCAACUGUUCGCAAGCUGUAUACAACGUUGCUCUAGGCAAAGUCACUGCCAUGUCCAGUAUUUAUGAAGGUAACUCCGUGUUAUAUGGCCCACAUAAAGGCGUUGAUGGAAACAGGAACCAACAAAUGUACCCGGAUUUCUCGUGCUUCAGAAACGCGGAAACUGACGAGGGCGACCCCUGGUGGAGAGUAGAUCUUGGCGAGGUAUUCUUGAUACAAACUGUGAAGAUAUACAACCGACUUGAUUGCUGCAGCAGUCGUGCUAAAGAUAUAACCCUCUCAACAGGGACAUCAUUGGCUAAUAUGCUAACAGCCGGAAUUGUGACGGGCCAGAUGGCAGAUAUAGAAGAAUUUAUUCUUCCAAACAAUACAGCAGCAAGAUUUGUCCAACUAACAAUGAAUGGGACAGACCCUUUUCAUUUGUGUGAAGUCGAGGUGUUUGGCAUUCAAAGUUAAUAUUAUCUUAUAUAGUACUGGAAAAUUCGAGGGACAGGCUUUUGUUUUAUUGAGCAAGAAACAUUUCACAUAUUGUUUAGUACUGGUUGUUUCCAUGAACGGAUAAGUGUUAACAAUCUUACAGGUUCUUACACAGUCGAGCUGAAUAGAAUUAUUAUAAAGUAAUACAGAAAGAUGAUAA